AUAAUAAUUAUUGAAGUGUUCCACCCAAUAUACAAUAGGACAUCGAUAUUUUUUCUAAUUUAUAUAAAUGUGUACAAUAUCCAUUGAAGUUGAAUGAUUCUUUUAAUCAAUACAAUAUAAUAUUAUCAUUACUAAUUCGUCAUUGUACAGAAUUAGGAGCAGUUUAUUUCUGAUUCCAAAGGCCAAACGGAUACACCCAAUCAAAAACUCCGAUAAAAUCGUCCGUCACGCACUCAUACUGCAUGAUAUUGUACAGUCUAUUCACUCGCGAGUUACUCAAUUUACUAUACGGUUAUUACCAGCGUAUUCUCUUCAAACGUGCAAAUCAACCACAUUUCGUAGUUUCAACUCAACAGUUUCUAGCAACUACAGAAUCAGCCUAGUAAAAAUGGUAAGUUUUUUUAUUGAUAUUGUAAUUCGAUUAAUGAUUAUAAAAUAAAAUUACGUUUUUGAAAAUAAUAAUUAUAAUAGACACGUAUACAUUAUACGAUUAAUUUGGUAUCUACUACUUGAAUAUUCAUAAUAUUCAUAUUAUAAUAUUAUGUUUUCGCUUUAUUAUUGUUUAUAACUAUCAGAUAGUUUCGGACAAUAUUAAUUAUUAUGUGCACUAUGCGGUGUAAAUACGUUUAAAAUUGUAUGUUAGUAAAUAUUUGUACCUAUCUGCCUGGUGAAUUAAUGCAUUUUUAGUUUUAAAAUUUAAAAUUUAAUUACCUACGUAUAGGUAUAGUAAAGGAUUUAUUGGAAAUAUUAAUAUGUACAUUUUCAGUAACUAAGCCUAACGUUUUAACACAAUUUAAAAUCAUCCGAUUUGCUAUAAAUAUUGAAUAAGUUGAAUAAAAUAUAUUUUUAAAACCACGAUAAAACCCACGACGUGUACCUAUAGGUUACUUAAUUGAAUUAUUGUUAUCUGCAUUUAUUCCAAUAAUGGUUAAUGUAUAGGUAUCAUAAAAUAAUAAAGCCUUGAUAGGUAUCAAAUAUAAUUUCGAAAUGAUUGGGUCCAUUGGGGAAACACAUUGUAUUUUUAAGAUAUUUUCUAGAUAUUUAGUAUUUAUAAAUAGGUACCUAUUUACCUACAACCACCUGCAGACCUAGGUAAUAUAUUAUAAAAUUGUUUUUAAUUGAGGAUUGAAAAUGUCUUUAAAUAAAAUACGUAUUUCUAUUUCCUAUAUAAUCUAUCUGAAUUACUUUUAAAAUGUCACGUGUUUUAUAGGUAUCUCUAAUUUCAAUUGAACACUGUUGUAACUGGACACUUUUCCUAAUUUUAUACUCAAAACGAAUUGUACAUACUGUUUAUAAUAAUAAAUUAAUAAAUACCAACAAAUUUCUGGCCGAGCAGAUAUCCACGAUAAUUCUAUCGAAUUAUCCGUGCAUUUUUUCUUUCAAAUAUAAUGUAGAUAUUUUAGGUUUUGUUUUAUGCUUGUGGUUUGUAGCUAUACGAAAAUAAGUUAUUUUUCAAUAUAUUUAUAUUUAAUACGGUUUAUGUAGAUGUAGAUUAUUAUUUGAGAAUACCUACUUACUGAAACCUUAACUAAAUAAACCGAAAAUGAAGUCGUCAACGUGAUAAAUUAAUAUUAUGUAAUUAUUAUAAAAUUAAUGUCCAAUUAGAUAAAACGAAUUCUACUUAAACCUAUAGUAGACCGAUAUUAAAUGAUUAUUAUUAUGAUUUUAAUAAUCGUGAAUAAAUAUUUAAUUUUGAAUUAUAAUCCAUUCUAAAUCUACCUAUAAUAAUACAGUUAUAAUUAUAAAAACUAUUAAAAGUUGUUGGAAAAUAACAUGGAUUACUUAUGGCUCAUUGAAUGUAUCAACAAUUUAAAUUCAUUAAUUUACAUUAUUAAAAUGAAAAUGAUAAAUACCCCUAUUUUUGGUGAAAAAGUUCAAAAUUUCUGAAUAACUAAAUGUUUUAGGUAAGUUUAUUUGUUAUAUUAAUAAUUAAUCUGUAUGUUGUAUGUACGUAAAUGGAUCUGCUGGUAUGAUUGUAUAUUUGUAUGUAAUGACAUAGGUAAUGAUGACAAUCACGGACAUCCUCCCCCCCCCGGCUGUUUUUGGUGUAGUAGGACAUGUUCCCGAACACAUUUUUCGAUGCCGAUAUUUUCAUCAAUAAUAAAAUAAAAUAAUAAUUUCGCAUUAAAUAAUACAAUUUUAUGAUUUCCGAAUGAAAACGUCCGCAUCAAAAACUGUAUCGUGGGAAGAUGUCCCACUGGCUACUGCUAGAGUAAAGGUUGAGAUGUAAACAAUUUAAAAACUCACUGUCACAGGCCCUUAUGGGCGUUGUAUAUUAAAUUUGACGCCGAAACUUUUUAGUCUUGAGUCUUGACGAAAAACACCAGUACACCAACACAAUAAUAUUAGCGACGACACUACUGGAACGAAACAGAAACAUUACACAGUAGAAUAUAAUUUGCUAUACGCGGACAAGCUUAACACUCGCAAGUCGCAACCGAAGCCCGGCGAAAAAUGAGCGAGAGUCGCGGAAUCGCGGAGCUUCGAAGCUUCAUAGUUGUCCACAUCGAACCAAUACACAAACGCGUUCUACGUAUGACCGUUACGUUCUGGCAGAGCCGGAUUGGCUACUGAGAAAAUUUCGUUGGCCAAUCGCAGUGCUGUGCUGUAGCCAGGGGUACACGGGACCCAUGGAAUUUUUUGUUUUAUCAGUUAUAGCAGUUAUACAAAGUGUCCCAAUGUUUUCCCAAUACUAAUAUCUCUGUUAAUAUUGAAUUGUUAAUUUGAACCGGUCUAACCAAGCGUUAUUCAGAAUCAAUUUUCUGGGAGGGGGUGGUUUUUUUUUUUAAUACAUGAACUCGUAAUUAGUUUGUUAUAUUAUAAAUAUAUACCUACUUUAAAAAUGUCGGAAGAGGUUUAAACCUCUAAAACUCCUUCCUGCCCACAUAGCAAAAUUCUUCCCGGGACGUCAAUAGGACCAUCUAAAUCAUGUCCUUAAGUCAUCCUGACAGUAUGUUCGAUAUGGCUAUUAUAAAGAUGCUCUUAAUACAGUCUCAAAAAACUCUCCUCUCAUUAGUGUACCGAAAGGAUAUUGGUUAUAUUCUAUUUGAAUCUUUAAUGGAAUUUGCGAGGAUGUACCUAUAAACGGCAGUAUAUAGUGACAUAGUGCGUUCUUAUUGGUUGUAAGAGAACUAAAUACGUGCUUGGGCUUAUGUGUAAUGAGCAAAUCGUACUCCCGUAUUAUCAUACCCCCCACAGUACGAUAUUGGGAAGGUAACAAUAAGUCAUUGUUAACAAAAUACUAUUCUAAGCAAAGUUUGAUUAAAGUUUGUUUUACAAUUUCGGAAUUUUUAAAUUUUUGCCAAAAUUUUAAUUUAAAACGCUAGUAAAAAAAAGUUACUACAUACAUGAAAUUCAAAUUUUUUUAACAUGAACUUAUAAUGAAUUUCGUGUAAAAUUUCACUGUUUUUCUGUUUGGCCAAACAAUUUUAUUCACAAAAAACUAAAAAAAAAAAUGUCAAAUAUCUAUAAAUAACCUAAAAAUUAGCAAAAUGUUUUGAAAUUUUUCCUCUUCCAGAAAAUAUAGGUUUAUUUGGUGAUAUUUAAUUGAUUCAAAUAAAAAAAAAUUUAUUUUAAUAUAAUGAAACACAAAAAUUUGCAGUUAUGAAAAUUACUUUGAAAACACUUUUUUUUCCUUUUUGAGUUUUAGAAUAUGUAUUUAGAAAGUGAAAUUAGGUACCUAUACCAAUUAUAGUGCUGUAUAUAUAUUAAAAUAAAACUUUAUAUGGUUAUUGUGCUUCAAUUGGAAAUAAGGAAUUUAUCAGAAACCUUGUGUGAUACCUAUUCAAAAUUGCUUUUUCUUUUUAGAAAAUACAAAGAGGAAUUUUGACUUUUAAAGGAGUUUAUUUUAGAUAUUUUUUAAUCUCAACAGACAUAAAAUUUCAAUAUUUUACUGGUUUAGAAUGUUUUUUCUUAUGUGUAUAAAAAUAAAAAUAAAAUCAUAAUUACUCAACUAUAUAGGUUUUGAAUAAAUUUGGUGGUUUUUGUUAUCUAAAUUUGUUGUUUAUAUAAUAAUAUAUUUAUUUAUUAUCUGUAAUAUUAAAAUAUUAUGUGUAAAUAUAUACACAAAAAAAAAAAAACUUGUACAAUGUAAAGACAGUUAAAAAUAAGUAUGUAUGGAAAACAAAAAUAAACAGCCUAUUUUAUCUUGAACAAGAUAAUUAGUUUAAAGAAGUCAUUUUUCGAUUUUCACAAGAGUUUACCCAGCAAAUGUGAAAAACGUAGAAAAAUUAGGAAAAUCAGUACAACAUUAAACAAAUAUACUAUUAAAGAAAAUAUAAAAAGCCUAUUUAGUUAUUUUAUAUAAAAUUACAUAUAUAUUGUUGACAAAGCAUCACUAUCAACUAAACUCCGCUCAGAAUCGUUUUUUCAUAAAUAAUGAUUUAUCAUUGCUUACAGGUAUACAUUAAAUUAUCUAUUCUAUCACUAUCCUAGGACGUCUUUUUAGUUUCAUUGUUUAUAUAUUUGAUUAAAUCGAUUAAAGUUAUUACCAAUUAGUAUUAAAUAGUAUUUAAAAUGCAAGGUACAAUCAAAUAUAAUCUAUAUAUAAGUACCCAAAUAUUACAUGUGAUUAUUAUUUAAUAUUUACUAUAUUUUUAUUUUAAAAAUUGUUAAUUUCAGCGUGAAUGCAUUUCUGUACAUGUUGGUCAAGCUGGAGUUCAAAUUGGAAAUUCUUGCUGGGAGUUAUAUUGUUUAGAACAUGGCAUUCAACCUGAUGGUCAUAUGCCGUCUGAAAAAGCUAACGGUGAUGAUAGUUUCAAUACUUUUUUUAGUGAAACUGGUGCUGGUAAACAUGUCCCCAGAGCUGUAUUUGUUGACUUAGAACCUACUGUUGUCGGUAAGUUAUAUUAAGUUUUUACAUACAUUUAAUUUUUUUAAAUAUUCAUCUUUUUAUGCAUAUUUUAUUAUCUACUAAAUAAUAAUAUGUAAUUAUACAUACUUGAUUUAAUUCCAAACAUUUUUUUGCAUUUAUAGAUGAAGUACGUACGGGUAUAUACAAACAACUUUUUCAUCCAGAACAAUUAAUAACUGGCAAAGAAGAUGCAGCUAACAACUAUGCUCGUGGUCAUUACACUAUUGGCAAGGAAAUUGUUGAUGUUGUUCUGGAUCGCAUUCGUAAGCUUUCUGAUCAAUGUUCUGGUCUCCAAGGGUUUUUAAUAUUUCAUUCGUUUGGUGGUGGAACUGGUUCUGGUUUUGCAUCAUUGCUCAUGGAGCGUUUAAGUGUAGAUUAUGGGAAAAAAAGUAAACUUGAGUUUGCUAUCUAUCCGGCACCACAAGUAGGCAUGCUUAAAAAGUAAUAUAGUAGUUAUCAAUUGUUAUUAAUAUAUACAAAUUAUUCUUUAGGUAUCUACAGCCGUAGUUGAACCGUAUAAUUCUAUUUUAACUACUCAUACGACUCUUGAACACUCUGAUUGUGCUUUUAUGGUCGAUAAUGAAGCAAUAUUUGAUAUUUGCCGACGUAACUUGGAUAUUGACCGACCAUCUUACACCAAUUUAAAUCGUCUUAUUGGACAGAUAGUGUCAUCAAUCACAGCUUCAUUACGAUUUGACGGUGCUUUAAAUGUUGACUUGACUGAAUUUCAGACCAACUUGGUUCCGUACCCACGAAUACAUUUUCCUUUAGUCACUUAUGCACCAGUUAUAUCAGCCGAAAAAGCCUACCAUGAACAAUUGUCUGUUGGGGAAAUUACUAAUGCUUGUUUUGAACCAGCCAAUCAAAUGGUCAAGUGUGAUCCUCGACAUGGUAAAUACAUGGCUUGUUGUAUGUUGUACAGAGGUGACGUAGUGCCUAAAGAUGUGAAUGCUGCUAUUGCUGCCAUAAAAACUAAACGCUCUAUUCAGUUUGUGGAUUGGUGUCCGACCGGUUUUAAAGUGGGUAUUAAUUACCAGCCACCUACAGUUGUGCCAGGCGGUGAUUUAGCUAAGGUCCAACGUGCCGUUUGUAUGCUGUCGAAUACAACUGCUAUUGCCGAAGCAUGGGCUCGUUUGGAUCAUAAGUUUGACUUAAUGUAUGCUAAGCGAGCAUUUGUUCACUGGUAUGUCGGCGAAGGGAUGGAAGAAGGUGAAUUUUCAGAAGCCAGAGAAGAUUUGGCGGCUUUAGAAAAAGAUUACGAAGAAGUUGGUUUAGACUCAGUUGAUGAAAAUUUCGAAGAGGAAGGAGAAGAAUUUUAAUAUUAUAUAAAAAAUAAAAUAUUCCAAAAUACCAUUGUGUUUUUUUUUUAAUUAUAGGCUAAUGUACAUUACACAAGUGAACAUAUUGAAUUACCUAUUUUAUAAAUACAAUUAUUUUAUGAAUAUGUACCUACAUUAUUUCAAAAACAAUAUUUUAUUUUUUAUUUUAUGGUUUAUUUUUUUUUUCAAAAUAAUAGUUAC